AUGGAGCAGACUUGGAGUUCUUAUAUCUGUUCCUUAAAUCAGAACUCUUUGCCCAGACAAGUGGAGGUGACCCAGGGAAGCUACUCAGGGUCACUUGAAAACCUGUCAUUCUCCAAAGGGGAUAUCAUCACGGUGAUUGACCUGGAGCCAAUUUACAUCAGAGCAGAAGUGAAAGGCAAUGAGCAAGUUCUGGACGUGGUCAAUAUACCUCUUGGAUAUGAAGGGAACUUCCAACUGAUUGGACCGGUUUCUUUUGAAACUGUGGCUGAUUUAAUCCGUUCUGUCCGACUUCCCCAGAGUCCUGCGGCCCAUAGAAGCCCUCCCCGCUUCCAGAACUUAAUCCCCAUCUCCACAGACGAUUUGCCCAUGCAGCUCAGGAAAGGAGAAACGCUGUCCUUAAUUGGCUUUGAAGAGCGUCAGGGGAGGAGGCUGCUGCGGUGCGAGGUGGUGAAGAAGCCCCCACUGAAACUGCUCCUUCCCAUGGACUGCAAGGGCCACUUCCGGGAGUGCGAGGAUAACCAGCUCUACUCCAUUGACACCAUCGUGAGGUGGAAGCUGCUGGCAGGGAGGAUGCGCAGAGUCAGGGUGCACGGGGGACAUCGCCUGAGGCUUCUUAGCCCCCGGGUUCCAGAGCAUUUUAGUGGACAUUUAGUUUUGCAUCCCUAUUUUUCAGUGAUGGCAUAUCUGCAAGGUGAGACCCAGGUUAGCAUCCCCUCCGAUCUGGACAUCAGUGUCACUGAGAUUGCCUGCUUAGAUCGAAAGCCCAGGACAACGAUGAGGCAAAUAUACGGCAUGGAAGAGAACAAGUUCCCCAUGAGAGUUAAAAUAAUGAGCGUGGUCCUGUCGGAGAACCAGGCAUACCCAAAGCCUCUGAAGUGUGGGCAGCUGUUAACCAUCCUCAAGACUGAAGUUGUGAAAAAAUUCGUUGCCACUGAGAUUUCCCGAGGAAAGAAAGGGAGGCGUUUUCUCAUCCCGUACACCUAUAAGGGCCUGGUGCUUAGGAGGGGUCGCUAUUUCUAUGCUGUCUCCGAUGUCGCUGCUGCCAUGAAACAUGGACAGCUCUGCUUCCAGGCCUCCAGGGACUACACCUCCCACCUGGGACCUUUUGCAUCUUUCACAGCCAACGAGUGCUUCCUGGCCCUGAAGAAGAGUGUGGUUUCUGCAGAGAUCCACGGUGAGCUGCACAGGGUGGAUGUCCUCAAGUGCAUGAACCUCACCACCAAAGUCCACGUCAAACUGCCUUUGUUCGCAGUAGGAGAGUUCCUGGAGCUGUCUGAUGGCGCUGGGCCAGGGACCCUGCAGGAGCUAUGCCAAGUCACGAGACUGCCAUGCCACAUCAGAGUGGCCAGCCCAGAUCCCUCCAUGACUGGAGACCCUCUGUAUGGAACUAAGGAACUGAGAGUUGAAAAUGUCAUCACUGAACAGUGCCUCAUAGCCAAAGACGAGCCAUCACUGGAGGACAUAAUCUCCUCAGAAGAUAUAUACAGGGAGUGGCCAGUAGCCACAUUUGAAAUCCCGAUUGAGAAGUCAAACUGUGAUGUCUUGGUGGUAGAGGAGCGGUGGAAAGCGCGUUCAUGGAAAGCGGAUGUCAGGAAAGAGAGAUGCAUGCCUCUGCAGAGCAUCCAGGAGGUCGCUAAAGAGUCCCUGGCCUUUAGUAAUUGCUUGGUUAUUCCCCGUCCACCGCCACUUGCUCCGAAGCCCAGACGUGUGUAUGUGUGUUUAAAAUGA